AUGGCGGCUCCGCAAGUGUUCCCACUUUCCUGCGCGGUGCAGCACUACGCCUGGGGGAAGAUGGGCUCCAGCAGCGAGGUGGCCCAGCUGCUGGCCAGCAGCGACCCCGCGGCCGCGAUCUCCGAGGACAAGCCGUACGCGGAGUUGUGGAUGGGAUCCCACCCCCGGGGAGAUGCCAAGAUACUUGACGACCGCAUCUCACAGAAGACACUAGGCCAGUGGAUCGCAGAGAACCAGGACUGCUUGGGCUCGAAGGUCAAGGACAUGUUCCAUGGGAAGCUGCCCUUCCUCUUCAAGGUGCUCUCGGUUGAAACGGCCCUGUCCAUCCAGGCACACCCUAACAAGGAGCUGGCAGAGAAGCUGCACCUCCAGGCCCCACAGCACUACCCUGAUGCCAACCAUAAGCCAGAGAUGGCCGUUGCCCUCACCUCCUUCCAGGGUUUAUGUGGUUUCCGUCCAGUUGAGGAAAUUUUGACGUUCCUGACAAAGGUGCCUGAGUUCCAGUUUCUGAUUGGAGAUAAGGCGGCAACUCAGCUGAAGCAGAGCAUGGGUGGUGACUCCCGGUCUAUGGCGUCUGCUCUGCAGAGCUGUUUCUCCCACCUGAUGAAGAGCGAGAAGAAGGUGGUGGUGGAGCAGCUCAACCUGCUGGUGAAGCGGAUCUCUCAGCAAGUGGCUGCUGGGAACAACAUGGAGGACAUCUACGGGGAGCUCUUACUGCAGCUGCACCAGCAGUAUCCAGGUGAUAUAGGAUGCUUUGCCAUCUACUUCCUGAACCUGCUAACCCUGAAGCCGGGAGAGGCCAUGUUUCUGGAGGCCAAUGUGCCCCAUGCCUACCUGAAAGGAGACUGUGUGGAAUGCAUGGCGUGUUCGGAUAACACUGUUCGUGCUGGCCUGACACCCAAGUUCAUUGACGUGCCAACCCUGUGUGAAAUGCUCAGCUAUACCCCCAGCAAGGACAGGCUCUUUCUCCCAGCACGGAGUCAGGAAGACCCCUAUCUCUAUAUCUAUGACCCCCCUGUGCCGGACUUCACGGUCAUGAAGAUGCAGGUCCCUGGCUCCGUCGCGGAAUACAAUGUCUUGGCAGUGGACUCCGCCAGCAUCCUCCUGGUUGUACAGGGGAGAGUGACAGCCAGCACUCCUACAGCCCAGACCCCAAUUCCUCUGCAGCGUGGUGGGGUGCUCUUCAUUGGGGCCAACGAGAGGGUCUCCCUGAAGCUCGCCGUGCCCAGUGACCUACUGCUGUUCCGUGCCUGCUGCCUGCUGUAGAGGCCGUAGCCUUCCUGGCUCUCCUCAGGCCCAGCUCCAACCCCUUCCCUGCUCUGGAGCUGGGCAUACCCUGAAGAGCAGGGGUAGAGUAGUGAGCCCCAAGGUAGGGACUCCUGAGCAAGCCUAGGACAAACCAUCUCUCUCCCGGGAGGAGGACCCUGAUGGGGACAAAGACCAGACACUCCCCUGGUCUUCUCACCGUACCGGAGCCAGGGCCUGCUCAGGGCGGAGGCGGCAGCUCUGUUCCAGCCUACAGCAUUAGGCAGGCUGGUAACAUCCAGGACUAGCUCAGUGUCAGUCACAGCAAGAGGGUCAUUAAUUUAAGAACAGGUUUCCGGCCCUGGGACUGCCCAUUUCCUCAGCUGCGGAAGAGGGCAGAGCAGGCCUGUGGCCUAAUAUUGUCACCCUCUGGCUCUGUCAAGGCAAUUAAAGAUCACUUGUGUUGAGGCUCGGAGGCAGAGCAGUCCGCUGUCUGCGUGCCAGUCUCUGAA